GAGAUUUUAGAGAGGGGAAAAACCGAACUUGGUAUCCAUUUAGAGAGAGAAUAAUACUUUUAAGAUUGCUAAGAGUAAUCGUUUGGAAUGCAUGAUCUAGAGAGAGAAUAAUAGUUUGGCAUGCAUGAUCUAGAGAGAGAAAGACAGAGAGGGGGUUUUGGAAAGGGGAAGGCCGGUUAAAGGCGGCCUCUUCAUAUUUCAAAAUGUGUGUAUCGCAUGUAGACGUCCGGCCGGCCGCCCGCCGAUCUGUUCGCAUUCUCAGACCCGUUACGUGCCUAUAUUCAAACCUUCCGCCACGCCAUUCCCAUAAAUCCGCCCCUCUCUAAUUAGAAGCUUUUGCCCUUCUUACCCACCCACCAUUUUCGUCUCCUUUUCCUUGCUUCACUUUGUAGUGUAGAGAGAGAAAGACCCGCUUCAAUUGAAAGGGUUUUGUUUUUUUGAGGUUCUUCUUCUGGUUUUGUUUCUCUUCCAUAUCUUCAAUUUCAAGCUCUUUCUGCUUCUCCGUCUCCAUCACUGGUUUCUUCCUCCCGGGUUUCUCCCCCUUCAGAAGAGAGAGAGCCUUAGGUUUACUUUCGUGGAUUUGAUAGAGAGAGAGAGAGAGAGAAUUCGAAUUUGAAGCCUGUGUUUUUCUUAGACUCAAAUUUUGAGCUCUUUUUCUUGGUUUUCUUCUGUUCUAGAGAGAGAGAGAGUGAAAUGGGUAGGAGCUGGUCAGUGAAGAGAGAGAGAGAGGGUGGUAGGCCGGGGUGCAUAAGUGCUGUGCUCCAGUUGUUUGAUUUCCAUCGUCUUCGCGCCACAAAUCGCAGCAGCAGUAGCAGCGAUGGCAGUGGAGUUAGGGAUGGGUUCAAAAAACCAGAAGAGGAAGGCUCCUCCUGUGAAGGGCUUCAAGCACCGAGGAACAGUCUUGAGUUGAGCAAAGAAGUAGAGAGAGAAAGAGGAGAAGAAGGGAUUCAAAUGGGUAUCAUACGGUGUUCGAAGGUAACCGGGUUUGAAACCACGAGAAAGGACACCAGAGGUCAUCGCCAUUACAGUGAAAGUUUCUCUGAGCCAUUGAUGCAAAAACCCAGAGGCUCAAAUGUGGUGGCUCGCCUCAUGGGCUUAGAUAUCUUACCGGAUGAGCCCAUAACUCCAUCAAUGGAUCGCCAUGGAAGCUCACCUUCAUUAAACCCUGCAUCGAGCCAUGAUCGCCAUGUUUCUCUCUCUAGCAAAACACAAAAGCGCCAUCCACAAGAGAACCAGCUCAAAGAGUUCAAGUGCCAGUUUCGACAGGCCUUGAAGAGUAGGAAUCCCAAUUUGAGCAAUGAGCAUUCCGCUUGUCUAUCUGGAAAUCAUACCCAUAAUUUGGGCAGUGAAUGCUGUGUUUCUCGCUCUAGAAUGGACUAUAAUCUCAACAAUGAGUGCUGUCAUUCUCGCUCUUUGCCUGAAACACCGAGAAUUUCAUCGGCGAGAAGGUCUGAUGCAGAUCCAAGACUCUCCCUCCAAAUCCCCAAAGAAAACGUGGAUUUCAAUUACCUGCGAAACAAUUCGAAAACAACACGAAGAUCGGAUUUUCUCCCUCUGCACCUAAAUUUAGAGGUACCCAACUCUCUUAAUGCACCUCUCAAUACUUCUACUUCUUCACUGGAGUCGCCAAAACGGCUGGGGAGGAAGAUGGCGUUAGAGAGAGAAAGCAGAAGCCCAGGCAAUUACUCCAAGGAGAUCGUAAAACAAGUGAGGGAAAGCAUCAGUACAAAAACAGGGCAAGAAAUUGCAGAGAAUUACAAUAAGAAAAACGCCAUUUCUGGGAGCAACUCGGGAAGAACGAGCCCUAGAUUGCAAAACCUAUCACUGAAUUCAAAAGCCAUGGAUGAAAGCUUAAGCAGCAGCUCUGAAAGCAAGCAUUCUACCCAUUCUAAUUCACCUAGGCUUAGGUCCUCAUCUCAGUGCAAACAUGGACAUUCUGUCUCUGAAUUACCCAACAAACAAGGUGGGUCUCUCUCAGAAAUCAGGGGCAAAACAGGACUUUCACUCUCUGAAUUCCAAAACCCAACUUCGCCUAAGCUCUCCGAACCAUCCAAGGGUGAGAAAAUCAGAUCGAAAGUAGCCAUGAGGAACAAGAAACCCAAGCCUGAGAAGCUUAAUCCAAGAAGAAACAAGCUUCAUCCUAUACAGGAAACUUUUGUGAGAGGAAAAAAGCCUGCGACUUCAGAGAAAAGAUUAGAAGACAAGCUUCUCACUGUGCGCCCUGUUGUUCCAGUAAAGAAGAAGCUACACAUCAGAAAGCAGUGCUCUUCUGAGCCCUUUCAACCGCAAUCUCCAACAUCGAGUGGCGAAGAACCCCUCUCCCACCUACAUUUUGUAUCAUCACAACAGUACGAUACCUAUCACCAUAAUCAUCAACAACUAAGCCCAGUCUCUGUUCUCGACAAAUCCCUCCACCUCGACACCAUACAUGUGGAACACAACCCCAAAACCCUAACCCUAAAACCCCGAAACCAAAACCCUAACCCCCCUCACUACGACUACAUCAAAGCCAUCCUCGAAUCAUCAGGCGUGAGCCCUGACUCACCAAUUUCUCUGACAUCUUGGUUCUCGCCUUCGCACCCACUUGACCCUGAUCUCUUCAGCCGGCUCGAGUCUGCUCGAGCCCACUCGCGCCUGGGUCCGGUUAAUAGGAGCGUUCGGUUGCUCGUCUUUCAGUUGUUGGACGAGAUUUUGAAACGAAGGCUGAGGCCUUUUUUCAACUUGAGGCCGUGGGUCUCGCCAUGCAGGAAACCCGUCACCGGGAAAGAGCUCUUCCGGCAGGUAUGGUCGGAAGUUUGUGGUUUUCCUGCGAGCGCGUGCCUGUCGAUGGAGGACGUCGACGGAAUCAUCGCCGGAGAUAUGGAGGCGGUCACGGCGGCAAACGCCGUCGAGGAGAGAGAGAGGCUCGCGUUCGAUAUCGAGCGCGAGAUACUCGACUCCCUUGUGAGAGAAACAAUUGCGGACAUGAGGUGACCCCUUAGGGGGAGGGAGAGAGAGGAGGGGGGGGGGCGCGAAAUCGACUGCCUUCAAGGAGAGAGAAAGUUUCCGGCAUGGAGAGAGAAAAAAUUGGCGUAACGGUCGUAACCUGGCCGGCCGGUUCACGUGGCUUCACGUGACGAGAUGCUAUUCGCUGGCAGAGGCUCGUGAACCGUGGACAUGGCCCACGUGUCUAUUAUGUGACGUGGCAAAACGUCACGUCUCCAUGGUGUACGGAACGGGCAUCUUUCGGAUAAAAACAAAAGGUUUUUAAGGAAUAGGGCUUUCCAUAGAAAAGGAUCGUGACCCAAUGGAGCGUUGGCGGGAAAUUCAAAUGUAAUGGGCACGUUAUAACGGAUUGUCUAGAAUUGGCUAAAACGGCUGAUAUAAAAGAAACGGAGAAGAGCGGCCCGUUUUAGAGCGUGAUUGUAUUUAACUUGGAUCUUUUUUACAUUUUUGUUCUUUCUACUUAAAAAGGAAAUGAAAUGACAGGAUAAUAAUGGCAUGAA